UGACAACCGCAACAGAAGAGAGAUUAUGCGUAUCCGGCUGGUUAGUGCCAUAGCCAUGGAGCGUAUCCUCUCAGUUGCAUCCUGGGCCCAUAGAAAGGUUAUUCCUGAUAGAUCCAGCCUCUAGGUAAGAAAGGAUCGCGGUAAUGUUGAUACACUGGAGUAGUAAGUAUACGAAAUCGCUCCAGCCCAAGAGGUGUGAUUCUUCCAUCUAUUCUCUAUGUUACGUUUCCAAGAUACUUAAGCAGCCUCUGUUCCGGCAUUCUUUUUCCUAAGAUAUCAGCAAGCAUCUUAACUUUCUUCGAAUUGUCUCCAUCAUGGAUAUGAAGACUUUUCCCGCCAACACCUACUGUGACUCCAUUGUGCGCUUCCUUGAUGCCAUUGAGUACCAUGAUGACAACCUAACACACGAUGAGCGUGUUGAAGGCCUUCGUCAUGUUUAUUCCAAGACAGCACAAUACUUUACUGAGCCUCUUCCAAGGAGAAUCCUCAAAGGUGUGGCUCCCCGCCGAAUUGCUGCUGUCACUCGGACCAUUUCCCAUUUCAUUGUCUAUUGCUGGAGUAGACUACCUCGAGAAGCCCAAGUAGACGUCUGCAUCUAUCUCUCCAUCAUCAACGUUCUGGAUGAUGAGAUCAACCACGACCCUAGUACCCAGAUGGCCACCUUCUGGGUAGACCUCAUUCAGGGCAAACAACAGAAGCACCCCUUCUGGGUGCUGUUCAAUGCUCAUCUCCCCCGCCUCCUAAGCCACUAUGGCAGCUUCUGCUCCUUCAAUAUCAUGCGCUGCACUUUUGAUUACUUUGAAGGGUGCUGGAUCGAGCAACACAACUUCCAGGGCUACCGUGGCGCGGACUGCUAUCCUCUGUUCCUGCGACGGUUGAACUGUCUCGGUGGUGCUGUCGCAGGGACCCUGUUCCCCGCGGCCAAAUUCGACGACCAGAAGCUCUUUACAGAGAUCGCUUGCGUAAUGGCCCAAAUCGACGGGCCCGUUGCCUUGAUGAACGAUCUCUUCUCGUUCUACAAAGAAUACGACCAGGACGAAGCCAAUCUGGUUACCAAUUGGUGCACUGUGGACGGAAUCACGAUGGAUCAGGCCCUCCAACGUCUCACCGACGAUUCAAUCCAUGCCUGCAUACGGAUUUUGGAACUAUUGAAGGACAAAGACCCGGAGUUGCUGGCCACCAUCCGCGGCUUUAUCCACGGUUACGUAACGUGGCACAUUUGCGACUUCAGAUACAGAUUGCGGGAGAUUUACCAGCGCAACGAUUUACAAGAGUCGGGAGUCAAGUUCCGCGAUUACUUUGACAAGGCGCUCGGUGUGGGAUGGGUGGAUAUCGAGGAGUGGACUUGCCAAGUCGAAGGCUUUGAAGUCGAUGGGCCGGCCCCCAAAGGAUCUGAGACACAGGCAUAUCAGACCAACGCGUUUGCAUUCUCCGUCGAUGCACCCCAGUAUCACAAAAUGGAUUACGUGGCGAGCUCAGUAAUCAAUCUGUUUGGAUGGGCGAUGCGUUAUUUGAGGGGGAACUCUCAUUAGGCAGCGGAAAGGAAAGGUUAUGUCAACAAAAAGAUUUUCGUUUUAUAGAUUCGUUUUAUUUCCCCUUCCUGCGUCUUUUUUU